AUGGAAAUACGAGAGAAACAACUACAGUCUCUUCACAAACACCAGCCUACUAAGCAAGAGGAUGGCACUCCAGAAUCGACCAUCAUAUCUCGAAGGCAAGCCGAACUGGAAGAGGCGAAUGAGCGACUGCUUCGCACUGCUCAGAAUUUCUCGUUGGAAUGGAAAUCUUUCCUCCAAUACGCGAUGAAGAUCAAGCAGCAAACGUCUGCACCAGGCGGAAAAGAUCUCGAAGAUAUUCUACUGAAAGCACAAGAUGGUCUUGUUCUACUACGCGAACUACCUAAUCGCCGAGACCAACAAUGGAAACAAGUUGCCGAACGGUAUGGCUAUCAACGCCAGGACAGUAAGGACAAUGGCACUGAUAUCACACCACAACAGUCGACAGAGCAGCCAAAAUGGCAGCAAGCUCUCGUUUCAAAGCUAUCUCAAUUGACCUUGCACGUGGCAGCUACCACCCACUGUGCAGUGAAAAGAUCGCAGUCGAUACUUUCCCCAAACCUCUUGAAAUUGCGCGCUCUUGCACUGGAAAGUCACCACAGACUCGAGCAUGGAGUCGAGGGAUCAACUGACUUUAUACACACCCAGGACGUGAACCAGUUGCUCCAGUUCAACUACUUGAAACAUCAACAAUCGAUUGUAUUGGAGCGGUUCUGCGUCCGUCUCAAGUGGCUGCCUACAAGUCACCGAUUCCAUCUACGACAGCGCAUGCUGGCGCUUAUACACCAACAAAAGAUGAAAAACUCUCCACGACCGAACGUCGCAACGGCGUAUCGGAAUAGUGAAGAUCACUUACACUGUCCACUAUUCAUGAUGUCCACUUCGCACUUUGUUGCAGAGUUGAAAUCCCUAACGCAACAGUAUUCCUUGUCCAUUCCUGACGUGGAUAUUCGAGACAGUGUUGAAGAGUAUCAGACUCUUAGACAGAGUACAGACGAGUGUCUUGCUGCGGUAGUCUCCAGUUUUCCGACGGACAAUGCCAUUAAUACAGACAGGGAGCUGGAAAUGAACCUGGAAAGGUUAGUACAUACGUACACGCGAAGCUCUCGAUGGGACCUUAUCCAGCGUGGAUACCUCGGUAACUGUGAGCCGAACGAGGAACCAAUUGAAGACACGUUAAUAGCUCUUCGAAAUGAACACAAAAUCGACCCACUCUUGGUGAACGAGUGGGAAUUACUUACUCUCGUUGACACUGAAUACCUUCGUGUCAGGCUGGAAGCGCUCUCCAAAGCGCAUAGAAAUCGAGCUCAAGUCGACGUGGCUGCAGUCACCAGCAUAAACGCUGUGGAAAGUCAACAAGUGGAAGAAACUACAGCCAAUGAUGAAGAAGAUAGUGAAAAUCUGGAUGCCAAAGGGAAUAUUUUUUGGAAUACCGAUGCGCUUUAUUCUCUCUACGUUCUGCGAGUUUCAUCAUGUCGAGCGAAGCGACUGAGUCUGUUGCGAUUGCUGAACUAUCUCCACUUUAUCCAGUUUUCUCAAAGCAACUCGUUGUCUAAAUCAACAAACAGUAGCCGGCAAAAUGGUUCCGUAUCCGAUGAAGAUGCCGUAUCAAAGUCCUGGAAUGUGAUGAAAUGUGAUAAAAGCGGCGACUACAUUAUAACUCGUUCAUCAAACACAGCAAAAAGUGACAUUAACGAUGAGGAAAAUGACAAUAGUGGAGAUCGAGAAUUUAUCUUCGCAGCUGCAAGACGUGACUUGGAAGUGCUCGAGCUCCAAAUGUUGCGGAUCGCGAGCAUUUUCAUCUUCAAGCAGGAAUAUGACAGUCUCCCCACCUCUCCACGCAAGCGAAGCAAUGAUAAAAGCUACAGCGGUUGUGAAUCCGACUCCGUUGUGACUCCCAUUGAUCGAUUGCAGGUGCUUCGAGACAUCUACGACUGCGAGGUCGCAUUCCUACAGGCCAAAGUGCAGCUAGUGGAGAUUCUUCUUGAGAAUGGUCUCCAAUCUGCACCAAGAGCUCAAGAUCUCAGUGAGCUGAACUUCACAUUUGGAGCUUAUACUGAUCCUUAUGCUGAUAUUUUAUUGCCAAUUUUGCAACGACGAUCUUAUCUUGAUUUUUCACAUGCUUAUUUUUUCGAGAGCUAUGCGGCCGAGACGAUCCUUCUGGAGCUCCAAACUUCGCUUAUACAGCAGAUGGAGCAGCAUUUUAAGCGAUUAGAGUGGUGUUCCCUUCAGGAGUUUGCUGUGGACGAUGAAUGCGAUAUUGACAAUCAAUGGGUCUAUCGUCAAAUUCUGGGUAUACGAGUGUUGACUAAGCUGUAUGUACAGUAUAACGACACGGUGACUGAAGCCGACGAAAAAUGGUUUACUGCUGCCUCAGUGGGCGAGUUUCACGCGCUCCAGCACGCUUUAUUAGAGCAAAUCUUGGUAAUCUGGUCUCUAAUUAUCAAGUUAGAGCUCCCUGGGAGCCCUGUACGAUGCCUGGAGCGGACAGCUGGAGAUUUAUUGGUAGGUAAUGGAUGGCAGCUCAUCCUGUCUCCUCAAUUAUUGUCGGAUGCUUGUCGUACACUUCAAGAGCAACAUAAUGGGUCAACACUUGAGUUGCUUGCUAAGGUGAUUGAACUGGAAGAUUGGCGUCAACAUCUUGCGAAGAAUGUCUAUGAAGCAAAUUUACUCGAGCGUAUCCACAACUUUCAGUUUGGCUUCGUAAAACACGUUUCUAAUUGGGAUACGGUGGUCGGUGGAGACCAAGCACGGCAUCUUGCUUUCUUCUUUGACGUUGGGGAAAGCGACCGUGUCGGAUCUUUCCAGCCUAUCGCGAUGGAAUUGGAGUCAUCGCUUACAGCAGCAAAUACAGGUUAUAGUCUGCGUAGCGAUGAUAGUAAACCCGUAUCAGAGUGGCUGCAAGCGCAGUUGAGGUUAAGUGAUAAAAAUGAUUCACAAGCAGAGGAUUUCGAGCCUUGGAGACACUCGUUGCUACAGCUUCAGCGACAGUAUGUGGCGUAUCUUCAAGUAAGCGUCAAGUAUCAAGACGCUGUGGGCGCUGACGUUUUCGAGUUUGCAGCAUCAUAUCCUUACGCGUGUUUAGCCAGCUCUUUUACAACUGAAUCGUCGGACGAGAAAUCAACGAUUGCAAUGGAUUUAAACACGGUCCGCACGAAAUACGCAAAAGAAAUCGCUGACAAAAUGACGGAAGAGCUGAAGACGAGCUGCUUCCCAUACUGGAAACAACUGGAAAUUCUUAAACAACGACUCCAAGAACGCGAUGAUAUUGUUGCGUGCGGACAUUUUUUAGAAGAUGAAUGUGGAUAUCCACGCUUACUAAUCAUAUUGAACGAUCAUCUGCAACGUCUUCGCAACGAAAAAAAGCUUAUGAAACAACUGAGUGCGGCUACACGAGCUAAAUGUGCUUUUACUGUCCAAAACGAUGAAGAUCAACCCUGUAAACUGACCAAGUGGCUCCUGGUCAAGCUGCAUCAACUCAAAGUGGAUCUCCAUAUCCACGAACGUCCUAAAGUGGAACAACUUCUACUUACGCCUCCAACGUCGUGUUCCUCUCCUAAACGAAAUUUUGACUUAACUCAUUCCAGUUCUGACUCAGAUAUUCAAGUUUUACUUGACUCGAUCCCAUCAUUUCAUAGCUUACUACAAAAAUUUGCAAUGAUUACAAAUAAUGACAAGCCCUCGAGUGGAACAGCCACGGCACAAGCCAUACGUCUUCAGGAGUAUCGAGAGAAAACUUUACACUCGUUGGUGUGUAUUUUCCACCAGUUCGGCUGCAUUCUCGACUUGUUGCGGAUACGUUGCGGUUGUCGGUUUGGUAGUACCCGGCAGAAAACGUCAAAUACUGUGGAAGGCAUGCACUCGGGCUUGAGUCGACUUGAGCGAUGGCAGACGCUUUUCCAUUGUGAAAUUCGACAAUUUUUGGAUCUUUUGGCACACCGAUUCAGCCCCGAAGCUGCCGUAUCGAUUGCAGAUUUGUUUGACGCUCACCCGGAACAUUUACAGAAUCAACAUCAUACUUCGCUAAUACGCCAAGAAAUGCUUACUGCGCUUCAUGAGGCCAGUGUACAUUCACUCCACAUUCUACGAUGCACAGCUGCGUUUGCAAUACUGCAGACAUACCAGAAAAAAUCUGGUUUACAUGUUCAAAAGCGUCGACAAUAUUUGAUGAAUUUUCGAUCAAUUUUGACGAAAAUCACAAUGGAAGUAACAAUUCAAGACACGGAAUGGAUUGGCAAUGCCGCGUUUACAGCAGAUAUGAAGAAGUUUGUACUCGCUGGUGAACGAGCGCUGUUUGGUGAAGUCCGACCAUAUGAACGGGAACGGGAGUGGCAAGCGUUCGAAGACACUGUAAGCAAAUAUGAACCUAAAGACAGUGCGUACAUUGAAGUUCUGACACGUUUGUUGGAACUGCAUCGAGUGUAUAUCGACGAAAAUUGUCGAGGUAUAGUGCGUCUGAGAGAGAAGGAGGAAAACCCGGCGUUAUAUUUACAGCUCACCGCAGAAAAUGACGCCCUGGCCGCUCUGGAAGAUCUAUGGGAGCGCUUUCAUCUUCCAGAAUUUGACUCUUCAGUUGGCGGUAUACCGGUCGUUGGUGGUGGAAACAUUGAUAUGAAGAAACGUCUUCUUGAUAUAAGAACAUCUUCAGCUUCAUCGAAAGAUUUGUCAUAUGCGUUACGAAGUCUUCAGAUGGGAGCGACAGCACCGCUUACUCAGUUUUGCACGUCAGGUUUGCUGGUCCUCCCACCCUCGAGGUGUAUCGAAGAGCAGCUCGUUUAUCUCCGAUUAUCCGUCGAGUUGACGUGGGUGGAUACCGAAAUGAAAGAACUUGAAAACUACUAUAAGCAGCUCCUUUAUCACCGUAAAAAGCAUCGUGAACAUCAGCGAACAUCUCGAAAAAGUCAAAAGGUAUCAGGGCCUACUUCUUCCUCAUUGCUGCUCGCACUGAGCAAAUAUUAUCACCACAAGGGAAUACCUAUUGAUACAGAGCAAUUCGAUACUACAGGCGAGUCUGCUCCUACUUUCGUCGUUCCAGCAGCUGAAAUGUCCGGUUUCCUUCACGACGUUACCAAAAAGUGUACGACGCACAACAAACAGCAACUUGAUCUGUACAGUACGUCCGUACAACAACUGCACGACCAAAUUGAAGCAGCCUCUCUAAAUCACCAGAAGAUUGAAAACCAGUGGGAGAAAAUGAAAGACGAAGAGCGUAUCCGACGAGAAGCUUUCGCGGCAGAUCACGCGUAUCAUUUGUACUUUGAAGUCGAAGCUUUAAGUAAACAAGUGAGGGUUUUGGAGGCAAAUCGAGAACUGGAUCGACAAGUGAUGCGCUGUGAGCUCAAUGCCGAAUAUGAAGAGAAGCUACACGCCAUGCACGCAGAGCUUCUCAACAAGCAGCAGAAGUUUGCGGAGUAUCGCGCAACGAUGCAACGAGAGCUUCAAACGGUGAUACAAGGCGCUCACUCACAGUUCGUGGACCAACUUCUGGACUACUCUGGUACCCUCCCUUCGACUACAAAACAAUCUGUGUCCCAUUUACUGCGUGGGCAGCAAGAUAUUGUACGCAUUAAGAGCGAGAAUGCAGCUAUGAAACAAGCGCUUCUGAAGGUCCAAGCGCUCGGAGAUAUGCAACUACAGACCCAGAAUGCGGCUAAAGAACGAGAAUUUUUACUUACGCAAAGAUUUGCUACUGCUGAUGAACUUUUACGUAAUGAAGUGGAACAAUUGCAGAUUUACGUGAAGCAAUUGGAGCAGAAUUUGAGUAAAUUAUCCCAGGAGAAGACCUAUUUUCAAGUAAAGUGGACGACGGUGCAGAAGGAGAUGGAGGCAAUAGCACAAAGAAGACGAGAGGAAAAAGUCCGAGGACUAUCAGCGACUCACAAUCGUACAGAAUCUGACGAUCUCCCAGCGAUUUCUCCCAAAAUCCGUACAGUUCCUGACAGUGAUACCGAGAGUUCAACGGAUUUUAAUACUGGUCGUACACAAAUUGCUACCGACACAAUUGUCACGAAGCAGGAACGGCAACGACUGGAAACUCAGUACUUGAACUCCACACGUCACUAUCAGAAUGAAAUCCGUCGUUUGCAGCAACAAGUGACUCGAGAACUCCGCGAGAAGGCAGCAAUUACUACACAACUCACACAAUUAAAACAACACGAGUCCACAGUUUGUAUCCAGCCUGAACAACCGCUACGUCUACAACCAGCUCCUCGUAGAUCUCAAUCGGCUUCACCUCGCACAGUUAAUAAUCGUGUAGCUGCACCUCCAGACCGAACGACAUUCAAGCGUCCUAGCUCGUCAUUUUCUCCGCGUGCGUCGCUGCUCCGAGCUCAAGUCACAGUCGGAUCCUCCAAUAUCCCCGUAGCAACUGCAAGACCAAGUACUGCGAAUUCGGGGAUAUCUGCACGGAAAUUCCAGGUGGUAAUACGGGAAAAUAACGCGCUGGGCGGCGUCGCGGGCGUGUCCAAUACCUUCUCAGUCCGAGAGCCUCUUCCGUAUCGCUAA